AUGUCUUUGCAAUCACUUCCCAGAACCUUGUCUGUCGCGACCGAAAGAUAUUUCACACCUUUACCAUCAUACUCGGAGUCGGCUUACGAAAGUAGCGAAGCAUACUUGGAGGAUGGGCGUCGCCAUGUGAACCUCGAGGAGCCGGCUCGCGAAUUAGACCUCUAUGAUGAGAUAUUCCUGUGCUCUAGGAGAAACUUUGUGGUUGGCGGUCUGCUGAUUAUCGAGACCACAUACGAAAUCCCUGCAGAUUUGGACGCCCAGACAGAUAUCGAACAAGAGGUGGAGACUUCCGGUGCGGUGACGGCAAUUCCCAAUCCGCGGGUACAGACUGAUAAUGGCGAUGCUACCAACAAUGGGUUUAUCGCCAACAAUAAGUUACCCACACCAGAGGAGUUUCUCGAAUGCCGAGAAAAUGUCGAUGAUAGAAUCGAUAGUACUAUCGAGUACCUGAGAUGUUUAAUUAGUACUGGUCAAUUCUUCAACACGCAACAAGUCUCAGCGCUUUCAGAAUUUGAUCCUCUUAGUUCGAUUAUCUUGAACUCGUACGCGGGCAACGAAGUCCUCGAUUCACCGUGCGAGGUGUACGACAUUGCACGGGAAUUGUCGUCAUCGCAUCAGCGUUGUAAUUGGUAUACGAAGCUCAAGAUUCACGACGAAGGUCUCGACACUGCUGCUGCUUGA